CAACAAAAAGCUCCGAAAGCUGCUUCGAUCUAACCUCACAUGACGUGCGGACUUUGCUGACGACUUCGAGUGCGGACAAUUUUCAUACAGUAAACAUGAAGGGAAAUUCGGGAUCUUUUGAUGUUGCGGGAUACUUUGUGCAGGAGAUGGAGAAAGACAAGAAUCUGUCAGCUGGAAUAGCGGCUAUCAAAACUUUGCUGAUGGUCCUGGAGAAGACACCAUUUGAUACUGUCCAGGAGCUUCACACCACCAUAAAGACUGCCAUAGAGACCAUGCGACAGACAGAGCAACCGCUCACGGCAGUCAUUUCCGGAUGCGAGCUUUUCUCGCGUUUCAUCACACUGGCUAAGAUUGACGACAUCACCAUGGAGGAGUGCAAGACCAUCAUGCUGCACCGAGGCAAUAUGUUCCUGCAGAAGCUCCUGGAAGCCCGACAAAUAAUCGCAAAGCAGGCUUCACUCUUCCUCCAGGACGGAUGCCGAGUGCUGACGCACUCCCGAUCGCGGGUUGUUCUGGAAGCAAUCACCGUGGCGGCGCAGUCCAACAAGCGCUUCCACGUCUUCAUCACCAAGAGCUCCACCGACAAUGCUGGCGAGCGCAUGAAGGCGGAUCUGGAGAAAUCUGGCAUUGAGUGCACCCUCAUCCUCGACUCAGCCAUCGGAUAUGUGAUGGAGAAUGUGGACAUGGUGCUGGUGGGCGCUGAGGGAGUGGUGGAAAGUGGGGGGAUUAUCAACAGGAUAGGCACGCUGACUAUGGCUCUGUGUGCCAAGGAAAUGAAGAAGCCAUUCUACGUUCUCGCCGAGAGCUUCAAAUUCUCCCGCUUGUAUCCGCUGAACCAGCGGGAUUUGCCCAACGAAUACAAAUAUCCGCGGAAAUCUCUUGGCGGUGACCUGGCUAAAACCCAUCCUCAGGUCGACUACACGCCACCGGCCUACAUAACUCUUCUCUUCACGGAUCUGGGUGUUCUCACGCCUUCUGCCGUCAGCGAUGAGCUCAUCAAAUUGUAUCUGUGAAUUUGUACAUGAUGAAAUACACAAGACGAGUUACAAUUUUCUGGUA